UUCCUCUUGCGACGCUCAUUUGUGUUUUCCUUUCCCCUUAACCAUUGUGUCGUGUGAGAGUUUGUAGCCUGCAAAACGCUUAUCCGUCGUCAUUCAUUUUGCACGUUGAGUUGGUGAAUCUUUUCCUGUGUCUUAUCAAAUGUGCCAGCAAUAUUGCCAUGGAUAAAAGGAUAAAUCCGAGGGUAAAGCUUACUGUCUGAAGCAAAGCGACGCAUUGCCACCACAGUUCAUUCUCUUCCAGGUGUGCGAGGUAGAAACAGCACAGUGAGGCAUGUCCCAGGUGGAUUUGCAUGCACAUCUUGAUUGCCAAGCUCUUUAACAAAGAACAAAGAGAAGUAAAACGACGACACAGGAGCACAGCCACAGAUGCAGUCUCCCGACAGCCUGCAGUCAUGUCCAUUGAAUACACCAUUGAUAUCCAGCUAACUGAGUUGGGAUUUCCGGCUGACACCCUACAUGUCCGGGACACUUCGGUUGGAGAAGCACCCAUCCGCUCCACAUCAUCUAAUGAGUCGUUACCACCCAGUCACCCUCCUAUUACUCGUUCAACCACACUCAAACAGAGGCUACUGGUCACGGGCCAUCAGUCUUACGAUGGGACAGACGCAGGUUCAGUCAAACAGACCUCAAGUUUGGAACAAAAUGCAGUGGGUUUAGUUCCACCUGUGGUAAACCUAACUCCUGCACAAAAUGUACAAGCUGAAGAAGACGGAGGACUUCCUGAACAACCUGCGUCUCCUUCAGACCAUCUCAACUCUGGACCAGAGCAGCCGACAACUGAACAGAGUCACAGUAAACAGCAAGUUGUCGACGACGGAAAGCCCGAGGGUUUGACAGAAGAGCAACACGACGAAGAGAAUGACUCUGAUAGUGAUGUUUCAGAAGUGUGUGAGGAAGAGGAGGACGAGGAGGAAGAAGAUGAACUAAACAGUGACACGAGUCAGUCAGGUGACUUCAGCUGCAGCGUAUGCGGUCUCCAGCUGACUUCCAAAUUCAAACUUCAAGACCACAUGAACCUGCACACCGGAGCCCGCCCCUACUGCUGUGCUGAAUGCGGAAAGCGCUUCUGCCAGAUUAGCAGCUACCGUGCCCAUCUGCGCACCCAUGCCCAGACCAGAGCGGAGAGCUUUCAGUGUCGUAUUUGUCGCAGGGGUUUCUCACACCAGGAGGAUUUGAAACAUCACUUGGCCAUUAAUCACUUUCAGGAUCAAUAUUACGAGUGUGACCUGUGCAAACGCGUGUUCGCUUCCUUGGAGGCGUGUGCAUAUCAUGUGAAGCAGCGUGCAUGUAUGCAGAAAAUCGGAUGUGAAUUAUGUGGCCGCAGUUUCUCCUCUACAAAGCAGCUUGUUCGCCACAGGAAGAAGACCUGCAAUCGCAAUUUCAGAUGCACUGAUUGCAAGGAGUCCUUUACCAAGAAGAAUGCCCUCCUGAAACACAGCUUCUCCCAUCUUGGUUUGUUGCCUUACACCUGCGUCCGAUGCCGCUGCCACUUCCGCCUGGCAAAACUGUACCUGCAACACAAGUGUGAACCUGAACGCAUUCACUGCGUGGCAUGUCUGAGGGAGUUUCUCAGUCAGAAGGACUUUGAGCAGCACAAAAAGGACACGGGCUGCUGGGGCAAUCAGGAGCCAAAAGGGGAUCAGAUCAGAUGUUUGCAGUGUGGACAGAGAUUUGACACGUCGGAAGAGCUAAAGCAGCAUGCCGGGGCUCACCAGAGGGUGCUGAAAUGUGCUGAGUGUGGAAAGGGAUUCCGAUCGGCAUUGCUCUUAAUGUCCCACAUGGGUGGUCAUGCUGGAAACUCACCCUGCCUUUGUCAAAGCUGUGGACUAGGCUUUCCCCACCAGCAGAACUAUGACAGCCACCUUAAGACCUGUGGACAAGCACCUCAGCCUAAGAGUUCUGCCAAGAAACGCCCAGCCCCAGAGAGCUCUUCAUCCGAGACCACAAUGCCCGAGACAGUCAAUUCAAAUCCACACUCACCGACUCCAUUUCAAGAAGGCGAAAAAAAAAUAAUGAAAAGGCGCACUUCAAGACCUAAAUCAUCAGGUCGUAAAACUAGUAGAGCAACUGCUGAUGUUUCAGACAGCUUUUUUGCAUCGGUGCCAGUGUCUCAUAACCCUGGACUUGUGCUUGAGGGUGUGUCUGCUGGUUCAAAUACAGCAGAUGGAUUGUGGAAGCUAACUCUUGACAAACCUCUUCUUCCAGCUGCUGAACUUGUUUUGCUUCUUCCUGUCUGCACAACACCAACCGAUGGCCUGCCACUCCCCUCUUCGGAAAGUCGAACACCUCCAGCUCCAGCUGUGAUAGUCCAGCCUCAAGUAGCUUUCCCGCUUGUUUCAAAUGAACACAGGGCAGUGGGUGCCAUUGGAGAGCCGCUGAAUGCCCCUAUGGAUUUGUUUACAGAGAUUAAGAAGUUUCCAAAUUAUGUAGCACCAUUUGAUUUGUCGAAAAGGUCUGCUCUGAGUGCUGUUCCUCUCCUUUCUGUUAAAAAUGAGCCUGAAGAAUCUAAUAUCUCAGCAGAGGCUUAUAGCUUUCAAGGCUGUGCAUUGAAAAACAUCAAAAAUGAUACUUACACUGACGUGAAGAACUGCAAAAUGGACCCUUUGGAUCUGUCAACUUCCACUGGACUGAUAAAGGACAUUAAGAAGGAGACCUGAGAGACCUACUACAAACGUGACAUAAUCGUAGUGUUGUAGUUCUUGAGAUGGGUCUUGGUCUCGAGACAACUUUUUGAAUGUCUUGUCUUGGAAUUGAAAGAAUUUUUACUCUGUCUUUUCUUAUCCUCAGACUCGGCAGACUCCUGAUUUUUAUUUAAUACCGGCGGUCAAGACCACCACUGAUUGGCAAUUUUUCCACGUCAUUACUGUUUUUAGAAGGCAAACAACCCUUUCUUAAACAACAUUUGUAGUUUUGAUCCCCCCCCAGUUCACAGCUACAACCUUCCCGGUGUUUCGCUUUAAAAGUGUGACACACUGCACACACGAGGAGGAUUUUUCAUUGAUAUUUAUGGUCUUGUCUCGGUCUCAGUCUUGAUCCCUAAAAGUCUUGGUCCUUAAGCACUCUGGUCUCGGGUAUACUUGGUCUUGGUUACUGUGGUCUUGACUACAACACCACAUACUCAGGCUUUCCUUCGUUAGCUGGUAGGACAAAAACUCAAUCAGAAAAAAAGGGGUUUCAAUGACAGGGUUACAACCGUUUCUUAAAACAGUGGACAUGACGCAUCAUUUCACUCAUCUUCCAAAUGAAGCUAUGGUGUUCCACCUUCCCUACUCAGGUAGCUAUGAAGAACAGCAAUUAUAAAAUAGCAUUAACAUAAAGAACUGAUCUUUUGCUGCAUGUAAGGCAAUAGAGGAAAAAUAAAUAAAAUUUGUUCAAAUUUGUAAGUCAAUGUAUUUUACAUAAAUAAGAACAACUGGGGGGAGCGGACCAUUCCCUGAGGGACUGGAGGCCAAGAUGCAUGAGCGGGUAUAGGCGCAGCUCAGGAUGCUUAUGUUGGGACCAAUGUUUCAUUUUUUAUUAUCUGAUUUAUUUGUACAUAUAAAUCUUUAUUUUGUUACACUUUUUAUUUGGAUUGAUUAUAUUUCUCUCGGUACUUCAUCCACGUUCAGCUCUUCCAUAGUACAGCUGAACAUUUUUCUGACACAGUCCCAUAAUUAAAAAGAAGAAAACGACUCUAGCCUAAUCAGUUUUCUUACUGCAAUACUUCCAUUGACAAAGGCGUUUGGCAGUAAUAUGGGACCAAGCAUCAUCAGUUAUUAGUUGUAUGGCUGAUCUGUUGUGUAAAAUUCUAGUGUGGUUGUUAGCAGAAGCAAACAAACAGUGGGCCUAGUUGUUCAAGAGUGAACUGCUUGGAUUGAAGUUAUUGAAUCGGAUCCAUUCAAGAGAGAAAAAAUAAUGAUAAUAAAGUCAGAAUUAUUCAUUGUAUUAAAUCAGUUUUUUUUUGGGGGGGGGGGGGGGGUUUAAACCUCCAGUUUGUGUUGAAAAACUUUCAUCCAAAAAAUCAAAAAUAGAGUAUCCUGAUCGAAGCAGAGAGUUGUGUUCAGGCUGGAUCUCAAGGCAAAAUGUCAGAAAACAUUUAAGUAAAAUGCAACCCUUUUACAGAUUGGUUGAACAAAAUUAGAAUGAUUUUACCAUCAUAAAAGUAGUAUCAAUCUAAAUGUUUAAUGUAACGGAAUUGAGGAACUUUUAGUUUGUGUGGAUUUUGGGUCUGUGGUGCAAAGUGUUUUGUGUAGUCCAUAAGGUUUUAAAGUCAGUACUGUAUCUGGAUAUGGUUGAUCCAAACCAGUUCUUUGAAAAACAGAGAUGUAUGUCGUAUGGAUUUACUUAUCACAGAUAGCAGAAAAGUGAAUUCCCAAGUAGAUAAUUUACUAGAUUACAUUUUUUGAACAACUGGGCCCUGAAUGCAGCAUCCUCUGUAUCAGUUUAGGUUUGCAGUAUAACUUGUCUGUUUGUCCACCAUUGUACUUCUAUAUGAUGAUGUUUUUUUCCCACUCUUUUUACAAUUAUAAAUUGACAUAACCGUUGACUGUGUGGCUUUUGGUUAUUGAGUAUGAACUUUUUUUCAUAUAAAUUGUCCAAUGAAUACAUUCCAAGUUCCAGUUUCUGCUUUGUUUGCAUUUUGACGAACGUUUGUAACUCUCACUGGAGCAAAAAUGUUUGUGAUGAUAGACGUCCUGUCCAUGCAAUAUUUCUCUCAGCAGGAUGUCUCUCAGCAAUAUAUACUUGGUUCCUUGGUUUUAUUUAUAUGUAUUAAGUUUAAAGAAACACUGGAUUUAUGGUUAUACGGCUGUAAACAUGAUUGAUGGAUUAUUGUGUACAUGCAAAUAAGGAUGGUGAUCAAUAACAUGA